AUGCGGUUAGUACUCUCAUUUAUCUAUUUUUCUUCAGACUUGAUCCGAGUGGAUAAAGGCGUUGGAGAACUUGGAGAGUAUUUUUCAUCUCUAUUUUUCAACCACUUCUCUCUCUCUCUCUUUCUUUCGAUCCAUCUCUCUCUUUCUCUCUCUAUUUUCCAUCUCUCUCUCUCUCUCUCUCUCUCUCUCUCUCUCUCUCUACCACGUGGAUUGAAUAAAGGCCACCCCUUCUUUCAUUCUCUCUCUCUUUCUUUCUCACUCUUUCGCUAUAUCUCUUACUUUCUCUCUUUUUCUUUCCCUUUCCAUCUUUUUCUUUUUCAUUUUCCCUCAACUUUUUUUCUUUCUUUAUUUAUUUCGUUCUCGUCUUUUCAUCUUUUCUUGUUUCUUUUAUUUGUCCGUUUUUUUUCCUUUUCACUCUUUCUUUGCUCUCACUAUCCUUUUAAUUUUUCUCACUCCCUCCUUCAUUGUCUCUUUGUCUUUCUCUCUCUCUCUCUCUCUCUCUCUCUCUCUCUCUCUCUCUCUCUCGCCAUCUCACUUAUUUCUCUCCUUUUGCUUACCUUUCUUUCUUUUUCUUUCUCUUUCUCCUUCAACUUCUUUUCUUUUCUUCAUCCAUUCUUUCUUUUUUCUUUCUUUGUUCUCGACUUUUCAUGUUUUCCUGCCUGUUUUAUUUUUCUCCGUUUUCUUUCCCCUUCCCACUUUCUUUCCUCCCACUAUCCCUUUUAUUUCUCUCUCCCUCUCUCUCCCCCUCACUUUCAUUCUCUCUCUUUCUUUCUCUUUCUCUCUCGCCAUCUGUAUUUCUUUCUCUCUUUUUCCUUACCUUUCUCUCUUUUUCUUUCUCUUUCUCCUUCAACUUCAUUCUUUCGUUCAUUCGUUCUUGCUUUAUUUUAUUUUCAUGUUUUCCUACUGGUUUUAUUUUUCUCUGUUUUAUUCCACUUUCUCCCCCACUUCUCUCUCUCUCUCUCUCUCCCUCCCUCCCUCUUUCUAUCUAUCUUUUUUCUCACUCCUUCCCUAUUUCUCUCAAUCCCUUUCAUUCUAAUUAUCCUUCUUUCUUUCUCUCUUCUCUUUCUUUCUUUUUUUCUUUCUUUCUUUCUUUUUUCUUUCUUUCCCUUUCUCUCUAUAUUUUCCUCUUUCUCUAUUUCUUUUUCUCUCUCGUUUUAUCUUUGCUGUUCUUUAAUGUCUUUUCCGUUUAUUCCAUGCAUGAUCGCAUUUUUUCUCUCCCACACUUUCUUUUUUUCCAUUCCUUUAUCCAUUUAUCGCUCGCUUUCACUUUCUUUCACUCUUUCUCUUUCUAUCAAUCAUUCUCUUUAUUUAUUUCUCCGUUUCUCUCUUUAUGCCCCGCUAUAUCUAUCUUUCUCCCUCCCUUUAUCUACCUACAUAUCUGUUUAUCUUUUUGCUUCUCUGUCACGCACGCUCGUACUCUCUGUCUCCCUUCGUUUUCUCUUUAUCUGUCUAUUUGUCCUUCUCGCUUUCUCUCUGUAUCUAUCCACCGUCUUCGCUUUCUCUUUCCUUCUGUCUUUGUCUAUAUGUUACUUUCUCUCCCUCUCUCUCUCAUUUUAUCUGUCUAUCCAUCCAUUGUCUCUUUCUUUCUUUUUUUUUCUAUCUUUCGUUCUGUCUAUCUGUCGGUCGUUUUUUCUUUCUUUCUAUUUAUUUAUUGGCCUUUUUUUCUCUCCGUUUACACUCAUUAAUCUACCUCUUUCAUUCAUUAUCAAUCUCACUCUAUCUAUCUCACUCUAUCUACAUAUCCAUCAUUUUUUACUCUUUCUCUCUUCCCACCCCUUUCUCUUUAUCUCUCAAUUUGUCCUUCUCUCUAGCUUUCUUUCUUUAUCUACCCACCUCCUCUUUCGCUUUCUCUUUCCUUUUGCCUAUCCCUGUCUCUCAUUUUAUCUCUCUAUCCGCCCACAUAUCUAUCUCUUUCUAGUUCUUCCGGUCUAA